AUGGAGGAAGCUGUACCAAUGUGGCGAGUGAGACUAUGGUUGAGAAGUUGGGUCUCAUUACCAAGAAGCAUCCACGGCCUUAUCAAGCUUAACUGGCUGAAUGAAACUGGAGAGAUGAGUGUCAAGAACCAAGUGGUUGUGCCCUUGUCCAUUGGCAACUACAAGGAUGAGAUCCUUUGUGACAUUCUGCCCAUGGACGCCGGUCACAUCAUCUUAGGGCGGCCUUGGCAAUCUGAUAGGCGUGUGAUCCAUGAUGGAUUCACAAACCGCUACACUCUUCUUCAUGAGGGCCGUAAAACCACUUUGAUUCCUUUGAGUCCACAAGAAGUCUAUGAAGAUCAGUUACAACUCGCUGGAAAGGAAGAAGAACACUUGAUUGGCUUGACUCAUACUCCACCGGAGAUUCCGAGUGAACUAGCUCAACUUUUGCAGGACUUUAGUGAUGUCUUUCCUGAGGAUAGUCCACCAGGCUUGCCUCCUGUCCGAGGUAUUGAGCACCAGAUUGACUUUGUCCCCGGCUCCACUUUACCAAACAGGCCGGCUUACAGAACCAAUCCGGUUGAGACCAAGGAGCUUCAGCGCCAAGUGGAUGAACUCAUGGAGAAAGGCCACAUUAGAGAGAGCAUGAGCCCUGUGCUGUUCCUGUUCUUCUUGUCCUAA